AUGAGUAUGCAGUUAUUUUCUGGUAAUCGGCAGCCUCUGCCCUCAGAGCCGACCAAAGAACCCGAAAUUAUCACCUGGCCGGUUCAAAGACGCAAGAUGCGGCAUAAGACGGGCCACCGCCCUACCUGGAUAGAAAUCCGCAACGUUGCCAGUCGGGCGGUCGAUGAUGCACUGAGAACGCACACUGUCGAGAAAAUUAUCGACAUUGUAAGAAAGCCUGCCAGAAGUGCUGGCCUCAAGGCCAGCAGGAACAAAGGUGACAAGGACGCCCAACUUAAGCGCGAGUACCAUAACAUGGUUCUGGACCUUCUGGAAGUCUUGAAGAAACAAGCUGGCCAAGCGCAGGCCAGUGGAAAGACGCCAAGCGAGGUGCCGAAGUCCAAGAUGAAGCAUCGACAGCAAGCAGAUUCGAAAGGCUUUUCCCGCCUGUACUUGAACCAAGCUCCUGUUUUUGACGCAGGGCCGGACCCAUCCAAGUCAAGCAAUCAUGCUGCCGGAGAAGGAGAGAGAACGGAGGAUCAAAGAGAACUUAGUUUCGGCCGAGUAAAACAGAGCAGCGAUGACAGUAUUAGUAUGGAAUGGGUGAUUGUGGAGGAAGAACUGUACUCGGGGUGGGUGUCCGUCAACGCCAACGGCUGUUGAGGUUUCUAGCCUAUUAGGACGGCACCAUUCUGUUGGAAAGCCAACAGCCACGAAUGUGUCGCACCGUAGUAAUUGGGUACCAAAAAGAUGGGCAACCACUCAAUUGAUGAUGAUGUACCUGUCUGUGUUCU